GACAACGAGAUUGUGAAUAACAUGUACGAAACUGAGGUGGACCUCCUAGCAGCUGAGAGCGCAGAAGAGGAGACUGAGGACAGCAUCAUGUCCCCCAUCCCCGUUGGACCGCCGUCACCUUUCCCCGCUGGCGAGGACUUCAACCCCAAGGAAGGCUCGCCAUACGAAGCCCCCGUCUACAUCCCCGACGACAUUCCAAUCCCGCCCGACUUUGAACUGAGAGAGUCCUCCAUUCCAGGGGCUGGACUGGGUAUUUGGACCAAAAAGAAGAUCGAAACAGGGGAAAGAUUUGGGCCUUACGUGGCUUUACCGGGGACAACGCUUAAGGAGACCAACUACGGAUGGGAGCAAAUGCUGACCGAUCCUGACAGCGGUUUGCAAGACGGCUGCAUUAAAAAGGCUGGCGAUGACCUGGGCACUGAAAAAUUCUGCGUCGAUGCCAACCAGACGGGAAACGGAAACUGGCUGAAGUACAUCCGGAUGGCUUGCUCUAGCGAGGAACAAAAUAUAGCGGUGUGCCCCAUAAAUGACCAGAUUUAUUAUAAAGUCAUUAGAGAAAUUGAACCCGGAGAAGAGCUGCUGACGUAUAUGAAAGAAGGCGCUUACUCCGCUGGGAACAUGCCACCGAGUUUGGAAGAAGUGCACACGUUCCGCUGUGAGGACUGCGAUGAACUCUUCCAGUCGAAGAUGGACAUGAGGCGGCACAAGAAAUACUCCUGCAACGCAGUCAGUUCCCUCUACGAAACCCUGAGCGAGGAGAUCAAGCAGGAAAGUGGUGCGGACGGGCAGAUCCACGAGUGCAAAGAUUGCGAAAGGAUGUUCCCAAACAAAUACAGCUUGGAGCAACACAUGAUCAUCCACACUGAAGAAAGGGAAUACAAGUGUGACCAGUGCCCCAAGGCCUUCAACUGGAAAUCCAACCUGAUCCGUCACCAGAUGUCGCACGACAGCGGCAAGCGGUUUGAAUGUGAAAAUUGCGUCAAGGUGUUUACCGACCCCAGCAACCUCCAGCGGCACAUCCGUUCUCAACACGUUGGCGCCCGGGCCCACGCCUGCCCAGACUGUGGGAAAACCUUUGCCACUUCCUCGGGCCUCAAGCAACACAAGCACAUCCACAGCACUGUCAAACCUUUCAUAUGUGAGGUCUGCCACAAGUCCUACACACAGUUCUCCAACCUCUGCCGCCACAAGCGCAUGCACGCCGACUGCCGGACCCAGAUCAAGUGCAAGGACUGCGGGCAGAUGUUCAGCACCACCUCCUCGCUCAACAAGCACCGGCGGUUCUGCGAGGGCAAGAACCAUUAUAACCCAGGCGGCAUUUUUGGACCGGGUUUGCCUCUGACUCCUAGCUCCAUGAUGGACAAGUCCAAGCCACCCCCAGCCCUCAACCACGCCAGCCUUGGGUUCAACGACUACUUCCCUUCCCGGCCGCACCCUGGUGGGCUUCCAUUCUCUCCUGGUCCCCCGGCAUUUUCAGCCCUCGCGCCUGGGUUCCCAGGUAUCUUCCCUCCAUCGCUGUACCCCAGGCCCCCUUUAUUACCUCCAACGCCGCUACUCAAGAGUCCCCUCAACCACACUCAAGACGCCAAGCUCCCCAGCCCUCUUGGCAACCCAGCUUUGCCUCUUCUCUCUGCCGUGAGCAACAGCGGUCACCCGGCUUCAGGAGAGGAGAAGUACAACAGCGGCGGCAGCCUAGGCAACUCCUACCUGGAGAAGCUCAAAGCCAGGACUAGUGACAUGUCCGACGCGAGCGACUUUGAGGACGUCAACACCACCACGGGCACUGAUUUGGAUACCACCACUGGGACAGGGUCCGACUUGGAGAGCGACGCGGAGAGCGACCGGGAGAAAAUGAAAGAGAAGAGUAAGCAGGCGGAGAGCAAGCCAGAUUUCAGUAGCAGCUCCGUAUCCACUAGUUCCACUAACAACAUAAGCGACCUCCCUCUUUUUUAUUCCCAACAUUCCUUCUUCCCUCCACCUGAGGAGCAGCUCCUUCCCAUGGCGGGAGCCGCCAAUGACUCCAUAAAGGCCAUCGCCUCCAUCGCGGAGAAGUACUUUGGGCCGGGCUUCAUGGGCAUGCAGGAGAAAAAGAUGGGCUCCCUCCCCUACCAUUCCAUGUUUCCAUUCCAGUUCCUUCCCAAUUUCCCCCAUUCACUGUAUCCUUUUACGGACCGGACCCUCAACCACAGCUUGCUGGUCAAGGCUGAACCAAAGUCGCCCAGGGACCUUCAGAAAAUGGGCAGCACCAGCGCCGAGUCACCCUUUGACCUUACCACAAAGCCAAAAGAAAUUAAGCCAGCCUUGCCACCUCCCAAAGUCCUGCCUGCUCAUCCAUCCGGGGAGGAACAGCCGCUCGACCUGAGCAUCGGCAACCGCAUCCGGGCCAGUCAAAACGGGAGCCGGGACGCCCGGAAGAACCACGUGUAUGGAGAAAGGAAACUCCUGCCCAGUGAUAUGUUACCCAAGAUUUCCCAGGCUCAGAUGCCGCCACAGCCAUCCUUGCAUUAUGCUAAGCCAUCUCCUUUUUUCAUGGACCCCAUGUACAGCAGGGUGGAGAAACGGAAGGUGGCAGACUCAGUCGGAGCACUAAAGGAGAAGUACCUGAGACCUUCGCCCCUGCUUUUUCAUCCCCAGAUGUCAGCAAUAGAAACCAUGACAGAGAAACUGGAGAGCUUUGCUGCCAUGAAGACAGAUGCCGGCGUCUCCUUGCAACCCCUCCCGCACCAUCCCUUCAAUUUCCGCUCGCCGCCCCCAACGUUGUCCGAUCCCAUUUUGCGCAAAGGAAAAGAGCGUUAUACCUGCAGGUACUGUGGUAAGAUCUUCCCACGUUCAGCAAAUCUGACAAGACACCUCCGGACACACACAGGAGAACAACCUUACAGGUGUAAAUAUUGUGACAGGUCCUUCAGCAUUUCAUCGAAUCUCCAGCGCCACGUUCGAAACAUUCACAACAAGGAGAAGCCAUUCAAAUGCCAUCUGUGUAACCGGUGUUUUGGCCAGCAGACUAAUCUUGACCGGCAUCUGAAAAAACAUGAACAUGAGAGUGUCCCAGUGAGCCAGCACACCGGCGUCAUCACGAACCACCUGGGGAACAAUGCCUCCUCGCCGAUCUCCGAACCAGACAACCAUGCACUUUUAGAUGAGAAAGAAGACUCCUAUUUCUCGGAAAUCAGAAACUUUAUUGCAAAUAGCGAGAUGAACCAAUCGGCGGCUUUAGCAGAUAAAAGGCCUGAAAUCCCAAAUCCUGAUGGCGGCUCCCAGUGCCAUGGCCUGGCCAACGACAAAGUGGAAGAGGGGGAUGAGGAAGAGGAAGAACUGGAAGAGGAAGACGACGACAGCCUGACGGGGAAGUCGCAGGACGAGACGGGGUCGCCCACAACGGAGCCGCAAGGAGGGUAUGAAGAGGAGGAAGAGGAGGAGGCCACAUCUCUCACUAUGAGUUUUGAUCGCACCCGACGGUGUAUUGAGGAGGACGAAGCCGGCUUGUUAGAUUUGGAGCAGAUGCCGCAUUUUGGGAAGGGGCUGGAUCUCCGCAAGGCCUCCGAGGAAGCUUUGGAAGUUAAAGAUGUGUAUAAUUCCACCUUAGACUCUGAGGCAAUAAAACAAACUCUAUACAGGCAGGCUAAAAAUCAGGCUUAUGCAAUGAUGUUGUCCCUCUCUGAGAACACUCCGCUCCAUCCUUCCUCCCAGAACUCUCUGGAUGCUUGGUUGAACAUGGCAGGAGCGGCUUCCGAGCCGGGAGGCUUCAACUCCAUCGGUCAUCUCUGAGAGGUCCGAGGAGGCACCUGGCCAGAAUUAUCCCAGCAAAGAGGCCGAGGUGCCAUCCGGGGGCUCUCAGAAAUCCUGGCAAGCGAAAGACUGAUGGAAAAGCCCUUGGGGGCUUGCCAACCAGGAGGAGAAACCCUUCGCCGAUGACUCAUUUCCCAUUUUGUCAAACGUCGGACACACCACACCACCCAGCAGCCUCCAGACCCUGCCGUCUCCGAUGCAUGGCACAUAACCAGGAGUGAAAUUUGCUCCCUGCGUGGGAAAAUAUCAGGUGCAUUUGUCGUCCGCAAAUGGAAAUACUGUCCCCUCUCGCGUCACGGACCACGUUGCUGAGCCAGCAAGAACCGACUUGUAAAACUUAACUAAUCUUGAAGUCCUUUGGAUCCUCAUAUCAAGUUCUGCUAAAGGAGAAGACUUUCUAGGCCAGGUCUUAUUCUAAUGAAGUCACUGGAGUUCCACUGAGAUUAGAACACUGUUGACUUUCUACUGCUUUGUUUCCCCUCUCCUUUUAAAACAAGUGUCAAAUUCUGUGCCCUGAGGUCCGUGUACAUUUAUAGUGUGAACCCUUCCAAAAGAGGCUUUGCUGUGAGCAACAAUCUCUAAAUGUAUCGGGGCAAAAUCCUGAUAGUUCAAAUUUAUUUCUUUCUUUAAAAAAUCCUAUAUGUGUAACCCUAUAAACCCAAGGCCAUCAGCCUUUGAAUGUCUGUUGUCACUUCUCUUAGUGAGAGCAACAGCAUACUCUUAAGCUGAGAGGUCCACCUCCGUCUUGGUAGACGACUUCUUUUGUGGUCCGUUAUCCCAUCCGCCCAUUGUCUUUAUGAUGAAAAAAUGACAUAUAUAUAUAUAUUUUUAAGAUGAACAGAAUACAUGGUAUUUCCUCUGUCCUGCGUGGAUAGGAUAAUGGUUGUCCAUAGGGCAUAGCAGUGGUCCGUAAUGGUUGCCAUAUAGCUCAAAGCAGAAACGUUUCCAUGGGAAAAGACAAAGAGGGAAAGAGAGAGAAGGAAACUCAUCUCUUCCAGUGAAUGGCCACCAAUUACGGAUGUACAGAGCCUUACUUAUCUCCGCAACCCAAGAAACAUUACAAGUCUUAUUUAAAAACAAAAUCCUAUUACUUUGCUCAGAUGCUUUGCCUGAGAAAGAGUCUUCCCAUCUGCCUUGAAUGUUAGUGUUAGCAGGUAUCCGCGAAUUGGGUCUACUCACUGAAGACUGGCUUACCACUGGAAGAUCUAAACCCAAAGUAAGAGUGUCCACCACAAAUGCUUGCUAAGGAAAAUGCUCCACGGUUCGCCUUCACCAAUGGACUGUUGGCCCCUCUUAUAGAAAGGCAUUUUCAGCCGAAACCCACUGGGCAUUAAGCCACUGGCCUAACACCAGCAAUGUUAAACCACAAGCCCAAUGUCUGAGGAGCUCACGUUCCAUACACAAUAAAAGGGAGUGGUCAACAUUGAUCCCAUCAUACCCUCAACCUUAUUACUCCAGCCCACUUUUUAGAAACCAAGGUGUGCUCUUUUCUAUAUUCCAACAUUUAGAUUCUGAUUGACAAGCAAGGACAUAUUUAUGCAAAUAAUAUCAAGAAGUGGUUGAGGGUUGAGUUGGGUUGGGUUGAGUUGGGUUGAGUUCAGUUGGGUUGGGUUC